GCCUGUGUUGUGCGGCUCCGCAAAUUCAGUGCCGGAGUCGUCCCAGCUCCCAGUUUUCAGCAUUUGGUGUAGCUCUUGGCCGGCGGUGUCAUGGGGGAAGCGGAGAAGUUUCACUACAUCUACAGUUGUGACCUGGACAUCAACGUGCAGCUUAAAAUAGGAAGUUUGGAAGGGAAGAGAGAACAAAAGAGUUAUAAAGCUGUUCUAGAAGACCCAAUGUUGAAGUUUUCAGGACUGUACCAAGAAACAUGUUCUGACCUCUAUGUUACUUGCCAAGUUUUUGCAGAAGGGAAGCCUCUGGCCUUGCCAGUGAGAACAUCCUACAAAGCAUUUAGUACGAGAUGGAACUGGAAUGAAUGGCUAAAACUGCCUGUGAAAUACCCUGACCUGCCCAGGAAUGCGCAAGUGGCCCUGACUAUAUGGGAUGUGUAUGGACCAGGAAAGGCAGUGCCUGUGGGAGGAACAACAGUUUCACUGUUUGGAAAAUACGGCAUGUUUCGCCAAGGGAUGCAUGACUUGAAAGUCUGGCCUAACGUGGAAGCAGAUGGAUCAGAACCCACAAAAACUCCUGGCAGAACAAGCAGUACUCUCUCAGAAGAUCAGAUGAGCCGCCUUGCCAAGCUCACCAAAGCUCAUCGACAAGGUCACAUGGUGAAAGUAGAUUGGCUGGACAGAUUGACAUUUAGAGAAAUAGAAAUGAUAAAUGAGAGUGAAAAACGAAGUUCUAAUUUCAUGUACUUGAUGGUUGAGUUUCGAUGUGUCAAGUGUGAUGAUAAGGAAUAUGGUAUUGUUUAUUAUGAAAAGGAUGGUGAUGAGUCAUCUCCAAUCUUAACAAGCUUUGAGAUAGUGAAAGUUCCUGACCCUCAGAUGUCUAUGGAAAAUUUAGUUGAGAGCAAACACCACAAACUUGCCCGGAGUUUAAGAAGUGGACCUUCUGACCACGAUCUCAAACCUAAUGCUGCCACAAGAGAUCAACUGAAUAUUAUUGUGAGUUAUCCACCAACCAAGCAACUUACAUAUGAAGAACAAGAUCUUGUAUGGAAGUUUAGAUAUUAUCUUACUAAUCAAGAAAAAGAUUUGUUGAUGUACCUAUUACAGCUGGUCCAAGCUCUCAAAUAUGAAAAUUUUGAUGACAUAAAGAAUGGAUUAGAACCCACCAAGAAGGAUAGUCAGGGUUCAGUGUCAGAGAGUGUGUCGAAUUCUGGAAUAAAUUCUGCAGAAAUAGAUAGCUCCCAAAUUAUAACCAGCCCUCUUCCUCCAGUGUCUUCCCCUCCUCCUGCAUCUAAAACAAAAGAAAGUUCAGAUGGUGAAAAUCUGGAACAAGAUCUGUGUACCUUCUUGAUAUCAAGAGCCUGCAAAAACUCAACACUGGCUAAUUAUUUAUACUGGUAUGUGAUAGUGGAAUGUGAAGAUCAAGAUACUCAGCAGAGAGAUCCAAAGACCCAUGAGAUGUACUUGAAUGUAAUGAGACGGUUCAGCCAAGCAUUGUUGAAGGGUGAUAAGUCUGUCAGAGUUAUGCGUUCUUUGUUGGCUGCACAGCAGACCUUUGUAGAUCGGCUGGUGCACCUAAUGAAGGCAGUUCAGCGUGAAAGUGGAAAUCGUAAGAAAAAGAAUGAGAGACUACAGGCAUUGCUUGGAGACAACGAAAAGAUGAACUUGUCCGAUGUGGAACUUAUCCCAUUGCCUUUAGAACCCCAGGUGAAAAUUAGAGGAAUAAUCCCAGAAACAGCUACAUUAUUUAAGAGUGCCCUUAUGCCUGCACAGUUAUUCUUUAAGACAGAAGAUGGAGGCAAAUAUCCAGUUAUAUUUAAGCAUGGGGAUGAUUUACGCCAAGAUCAACUUAUUCUCCAAAUCAUUUCACUCAUGGACAAGCUGCUACGAAAAGAAAAUCUGGAUUUGAAGUUGACGCCCUAUAAAGUAUUAGCCACUAGUACAAAACAUGGCUUCAUGCAAUUUAUCCAGUCAGUUCCUGUUGCUGAAGUUCUUGAUACAGAAGGAAGCAUUCAGAACUUUUUUAGAAAAUAUGCACCAAGUGAGAAUGGGCCAAAUGGGAUCAGUGCUGAAGUUAUGGAUACUUAUGUUAAAAGCUGUGCUGGAUAUUGCGUGAUUACAUAUAUUCUUGGAGUUGGAGACAGGCACCUGGAUAACCUUUUGCUGACAAAAACAGAGCACAGCCUCUGGAGGCGCAGGCCCAGUGGCCAUGGCUCACGGGCCCAGCCGCUCCGCAGCAUGUGGGAUCUUCCCGGACCGGGACACAAACCCGUGUCCCCUGCAUCGGCAGGCGGACUCUCAACCACUGCGCCACCAGGGAAGCCCUGGCAUCUUUUUAGACCUACCUGGGUUCUUUUGUGGUGCUAAUGGCGGACUCUGGGAGGGCUCAUGCCAAGGAGUACUUCCAAAAACUUCUGCUGCCAGUGUCCUUGUCCCCAUGGUGAGCCACAGCCACCCCCGCCUCUGCAGGAGACCCUCCAACACUAGCAGGUAGGUCUGGUUCAGUCUCCCCAGGGUCACUGCUCCUUCCCCUGGGCCCUGAUGCACACACUACUUUGUGUGUGCCCUCCAAGAGUGCAGUCUCUGUUUCCCCCAGUCCUGUCGAAGUCCUGCAAUCAAAUCCCACUAGACUUCAAAGUCUGAUUCUCUAAGAAUUCCUCCUCCCAUUGCCGGACCCCCAGGUUGGGAAGCCUGAUGUGGGGCUCCGAACCUUCACUCCAGUGGGUGGACUUAUGUGGUAUAAGUGUUCUCCAGUCUGUGAGUCACCCACCCACCAGUUAUGGGAUUUGAUUUUACUGUGAUUACACCCCUCCUACCGUCUCACUGUGGCUUCUCCUUUGUCUUUGGAUAUGGGGUAUCUUUUUUGGUUUGUUCCAGUGUCUUCCUGCUUAUGAUUGUCCAGUAGCUAGUUGUGAUUCUGGUGUUCUUGCAAGAGGGAGUCCAUUUCUUCAUUCAACAAUGAUUGCUUAGUAUGUGCUAGAAACUAUUCUGAGGCUGGGGAAACAGCAAUAUACAAAAUCCAUAAGUCCUUGCCUUGGUGGUACUUAGAUUGUAGAAUCCAGGGUGUUACUUUUAGUGUUAUAAUGUAUGCCUACUUUAUACCUACUUGUAAAUCAAAAGAUGCUUUAUGAUUUCAGUGGUGAAUCAUUCUCUAAAGUGAUUGAUCAGUCACAUUCUUACACAUGUGACCUACGAGUUUAGAUGACUGCUCAAGGGUUUGUCUUCUUGGGCACUAUAGCUGUAUUCAGCCCUUGACAGAGGUGAAUACUGUGCUUGGUUUCCUAGUCUGCAGCUAAUGAGUAACACAGAUUAGUUGGAAAUGAUUCAAAUGAAGCUAACAAUAUAAUUUGAAAUUUGGGGGGAUGUUUUUGAAGGUGGGGAGAAUAGUGAUAAGUUAAAGGAAGGAUUCAUCUCAGGAAUACUUAAAGAAGUGAUCUUCCUUUAGCAUAAGAAAUUUGCUACAAGAUACUAAUUUCUACUAAUACCUUUAAAAGUUGUCCAGCCUUUAGCUAUCUUUGGUUCUGGAGAUCUAAAAGUAGGAUUUAAAUUUUAAAAUAUUACUGUGGGAUGAUUUUAAGUAUAGUUUCAUCAGAAUGAAUGUGAGCUGAAGGGAAAUAAAAUAUGCUCUGAAGGCCACUCCCUAGCCUGUGGAUACAGGAUCAGACAAUUUAAUAGACUUCAUCAUGAACUAAUAUUCUUUAUGAAGAGACACUGCUUUACCAAUUAUAUGACAUAUCUAUUUCCCAGUUCCUUAAUAUAAAAUUCUGGAAACAAAUGAGUUUUUUAUCAAUAUCCAGGCAAACUCUUCCACAUAGACUUUGGAUAUAUUUUGGGUCGGGAUCCAAAGCCUCUUCCUCCUCCUAUGAAGCUGAAUAAAGAAAUGGUGGAAGGAAUGGGGGGCACACAGAGCGAACAGUACCAAGAGUUCCGAAAACAGUGUU